UGAUUCAAGUUGUCUUAAAUCCUAGUUUUUACUGCUCCUCUGGGUACGUUAUUGAAACUCCAGACACUCUUCUCCAUUUAAGGAGUUAAUGAGAGUCAUUUUAAACCCUUGUAACAUAUCUGCUAUUCAGAAACAUAUUUCUAAGCUCUCUCAAACAGCUUUGCUCUGUAACACAAUUUUAGGCAGCAGUUUAACACACUGUUUUGCUAAAUGACUGCACUCCAUAUUCUGGCAUCCUGUGUUCAGCUUUGCCUCUGUGUGAAAAUGUGUACCUCAAAGUUCACGUGGUCCUUGGGAAGGUCACUCCAGCCUUUGGCCACACCAGCGGUUGUUCGCUGGAUCUGGUUGCCUUAAAACCAAGGUCAGUAUGCAGGGAUUUAGUGUGAUUUUGUGUAACCUCGUGUCUGUCUGCUGCCUUGUGUUUUCUCCUACAAAGGCCAAGUCUGUUCUGUUUUCUUCAAAACCCUGACACCCUUUACCACUAAUCUUGAUUCCAGAUUAAGCCUGUUCCAUAUUUCAUAACUCUCCCAUUGCGCUGCAGCCUCCCAGAUGUUGCACCGGUUCCAUGCUUGGCUGCAGGCGAGGAGCAGCUGGGCUAAGCUGCUGCUCCCAUGGUGUUGUCCAGUUCCUUCCUUAAUGUCAACAUUAUCCCAAAACCGUGUAAACGUGUCAGUAGAAACCCCCCCAUGAAGCGUUACAGUAGUUUUUCAUUUGCUUUCACACCAAGCCUCGCCUCCGAAGUUGCACAGUACUCCCAGCAAUCACAGAAGUCAGGGCGAGCUUUAUUUAAUUUAAUUAAUUAGUCCAUCACUAGAAAAGUCUGAAGAGAAAUGGAGGUGUAUAUAUAAAAGAAUAUGGAAGCUAAUAAUUUAUGAGUUACUGCAUAAAACCAGCAGCAGUUCCUCUCCGAAUACGAUUUGCAGACAGGGUGUGGGGUAGCAGACGCAAGAGCCCUAAAGCCAUAAAAUAAGGUUGCUCACUGGCAGGACCAUGCUUCGCUCUGACAGCAGUUCACAUUUUCUUUAGCACACAGAAAUCAGUGUCACAGGGAGCUGCAGCCACCAAAAAGCUGGUCCAGAGCUGCCAGAGCAUCCCUGCAGUGCAGGGGGGCAGAGGCUGUCUCGAGGGCACGUGUUGAAGGAGCGAUAUGAAGUGAUCACUCUGAUGGGAGAGUUUUCUGUCCCCUCCACUGACACGUUGUGUUAGCUUAGGCAGUGGAAUUAUGUCUCUGUGUGUUUAUUAUUGUGACUUGCAUGCCUGACCUCAGCUGGGCAAGCGUUGAGGGGAAAUCAGCAUUUUAAAUCUUAAGAGCAGGAGAAGCUUUCCAAUGUUUAGUGAUGAGGAGGUUGCAAUGGACUCGGGAGUUUAUAGGCUGAGUCUCAAAAGGCUUAGAUACUGCACCAGACCCUCAGUUGUUUACCGGGACCCCAUCUGAGCCUGACCAUCAAGCUAGAAUCUCACCUUCACCAGGGUUUUGAUAAGAUUUCCAGAACUUCCUCCUGGGGUCAGCCCCUACAUGUGCAGAAAGAGCCUUUCUCACCUUACUUGGGGUUUUCAUUUCCAUUUCAUUCUAUGAGCUUGGGAAGUGUUAGAAGCCGAACAGAGUGAGAAUUAUUUUUAGCCAAAUGAAGCUGAGCCUUGCAGCAGUGCUGGGUUCAGAGCGUGGAGGUCCCUCAUCUGUUUAUGUGCUCUCCUAAGCCACUGGCUCAGAACAAAAGAGGUCAGCAGCCAUCAUUUCCUUGGCCUCAGAAUUGCUAAACUCUUCUCACUUCUGCCGCUCUCUUGCUGGCUCCAGAAAAAAUAGGGAGGUUUUGUACUAAAUCCUUUGCAGGGCAAGAAAGAAAUCUGUCCCCUGGGGAGAGGAGGCAGCAAAGGAGAAAAUAAACUCACAGAUUAAAUUUUAAAAUCGCUUUAUUAACACUUUUUUCUCUUUAAGCCUUACUUCCCCCAUGAACAUCCACAUCGUGAAACCUUCCUCUUCCUUAAUAGCACUCUCUCAUUUAAACCACAGUAAGAAGAGAAAUGUUGAGGGAGGAAUGCAAGUGUCUCUUAUUCCCACUUAACCCCUUACACAACUGCUAUGGAAACAACAAACACCCGAUUUCAGUGGUGGUUUUUCAUCCUUAUGGGCAGAGCUUCAUUUGCAACUGCACAUGCACUAAAAUCACUGCGCUGCACACACUGAAGAGAAACUUCUUUGCAAAGACAUCAGCUUGGGCUCCGCUGGGGAACAUGAGGCUGAGCACAGUGAAACUCUGUCUGCUUGGCAGCCCCCCAGCAGUAGUGGCUGUCAUGGGUGUGCCAGGCUGUCCUUGCAGCCUUUGGUAACUUCCUGUGAAUUAACAGCAUUGAACACAAAGGCAUUCACAGGUACAGAGGAGCUAAUUGCCUGUGGACCCAGGUGAGUCCCAAGCCUUUAACCGGUGCAAAUGAGCUCCCCCUUCUUUUCAUCCUGGCAAGUCACUGGCAAUAAAUACCUCCAGGUAUUUACAUGGUGCUGCUAGGUUGUUUUGGACUGGCUUUGCAGGCAGGGCAGACACCUGAGCAGAUGGUGGUUAUCACAGCACAGAGCCCUUCUGAUCACCCUCUGCUCUGGGUACCCAAGCGGAAGCAAACCUCAUUGUGUGAUGUACAGUUCAUCUCUGUUUGUUUUCGUGGUCAAUGAAUUUGCAGUGAACCUGAGCAGAGGAGGAGAAACACUGGGUUUAAUUCAGGAUAACCAAGUACCACUGUGGGAAGUGCAGGCUACCCUUGGUUGAGCUUUUCUCUGCUUUGGGAACCCCCAGGCAGCUUUCAGCGUGAGCUUCAGGGAGAUGCCAGCUGGGAGAGGUGAGCUGGUCGCAGUUCGUCUUUAGCCUUCACCUGGGAGCUGCCCGUGGCACGUAGAACUGAAGGUCAGCAGCUGCGCGCAGGCAGAACCACAUAUGGACAACCUCCCACCAUGACUAGGAGAGCUGUUUGGAGGGGUUGGAACUGGCCAAGGGAGCUUCCAGGGUCCCCUGGGAAGAGUACAGGCAAUACCUCUGUGACUGAAGAUGCUCGGCUGAGGAUGGUCGUGUCCACACAGGCAGCACCACUGUAGAACAGUGACAUCCAGCAUCCCAAGUCCUCAGACAGCAGCAUGAUGGGCAGUCCUGAGGAAUGUGUGGUGAUGGAUAUAUAGUUGGAAACCCCCAGUGAUGGAUGAUGGAGAAAGGGAGAGGGGGACAUUUGGUGAUUGAUCGAUAGUGGCACAACCGCAGUAUCCACAAUUAAUGCUGAACUCACAUGAAGAAGUGAUCAGAACCUGGGAGUCAAGAAGCGAUGAGCAGCACCGAGGGCAGCCUGACCUGUGUCCGGGGGCUAACAGCAGAUUCCACCCAAGCAAGGAGGCUCGUGCUCUGUCCUGCAGGCACAUGGGCAAAGGAAUUGGACUCCAGGGCUGAUCAUCCCAGGAGCUGCUGAGGAUGUUGUCCAGCCUGGACCAAACCUGCUACCUCUGAAGCCAGUGGGAUUGUUAACCCACUGCUGGUGCAGCUACAUAAAUCUAGGCGCCCGUGGUUAGUGCUCAGCUGCAGGACCAACAUCUAGUGAGAGGUUAGCUCAGAGAGAGGGGGAAAAACAAUUCCAAAGCAGUCAAGAUCUUAAUCCCAGCAGUGAAAAGAUGGAAGAAGUUUCCAAACAACCACAUAGCUGCAAAGUGUUAGUAGUUCUGCCGCAGACAUGGCUUUGACCUCCAGCUCUCACCCCAGGACACACCAUCUGCUGAGGGGUUUGAGGUGGUUCUCCCAGCCAGGAUGAAGCAGCCUGUCCCAGUGCUUGGAGCAGGGCAGGGCUCGCCCUCAGGGACGCAGACUUUGUGCACGUCCUUUAACACCAAAACUCUGGAAUUAGGUAAAAAAUCUCACCCUGGGAUUUCUGGAUACGAGCCUAAACUCCAAACCCCACGUGGUUGCAUUGUGCCUAAUUACAGCCUGUCUAAAAUGUGAAUGGAUCCCAGCAAUGCAAUAUUCAUACUAGAGGAUUAUUAUAUUGCACAUACUUUGCAGUUAAUGUAGUUGGGCAAAAAGGCCCAAUAAUAGGAAACCAGCCUGCUGUUGGGUUGAGUUUUCUUGGCUUAUUGAUUGAGUUUUAAAGUUUAAUGCGAGGAGACAGUUCUAUAGUACAAAGUGUAUUUUAAGCAUCUAUUUAUUAAAGCUGAAUUGUGCUAGAACUCCUGUGCAAAAGUACACCUGACAGCUAAAUGAAUAGCAAAUUAUUUCCCGGCGUCUGUGCUAUUGUCUGAUGUUUCUGUGCAGCUGGUUCCUGCAUGUACUGCAGGUUAAAAGAAUCCUCAACCUUCUAUUUAAUACAACAAACUUUGUCAGAUGUUGUUAUUAUUUUUGCUGGAUGUCAUAGCCAAGUGUAAUGUAUGCAUAAAAAACCUCCCUGACUCCUUGAGCAGCCUAAAUCAGGUGGAAAGAGGCUGCAGGAGUGAGGAAAAUUGGAGCAUGGGGGCUUUUAUUUAAUCUGGUUCAAACAAGCUGUAAUUAGAGGCAUUAAAAUGCUGGUGAAUCCAGUAAAACAUUAUUCACGAUCACUAAGGAUUCUGGCUAGUUCCUCUACAGAGUGAGGAGCAGGAGCUGGGUGGCAGGAUGCUCUGGACAGAGCAGGGGCUUGGAAUGCUGCUCAUGGUCCAUGAAAUGAUAGAUACCAUUGCCAUGGUGUUAACAGCCUGAGCACCCCACAGAGAAUUCUAGAAUCUCGGGGACCUCAAAAAUCAUCUGGUUUAACCUUUCUAGGCACAGCACCACCUAAAAGAUGUCCAACACUGGGGAAUCCACCACUUCCCUGGAGGGAGACGGAGAGGAGAUAGCACCCUAAGCUUUGCAAGGAAAGAGUUAAACUAGAGUUAAGGAGAGGUUCCCAGCUGCGUGUCCUUAGCAGUAAUGAGCCCAGCUGGAACGAAUCACCAGGUCCUUUACCAUUUGGAGAGGUCCAGCAGGUGCCCAGGAUUGGCAGUGGGCCUGGCUUUAAAGGCUUGUUGAUAGCUGCAGCUCUGGGUGGAGGGUUUUCCUGCUUUGGAGUUUCUUGCUGGGAUGAUGUUCUCGAAAGAAGAAAUGCAGAUUCACUUGAGGCUUAUUCCGGAGCAGCUUGUAGUAGUGUUUCUCCUUUGGGCAAGAAAGAACCAUGUGAGGGACAUUGCUGGGGCACAGGACACACGUAGGGAGCACAAAGUUUGCCUUUCCCAGGAUGGAUCAGAGGAAGAACUGGCCUCGGGUACUGGACUCUGAUGGCUGGUCGGUGGCUUUGUUCUGUCUCUUCCUGGCAUCUCUCUCCCGAAACGUGUCCAGCAAUGCCUUGUUCAGCACUUUCCACUCUGAGAACCGGGACUGGACGUUCAACCACCUAACAGUCCACCAGGGCACUGGAGCAGUCUACGUUGGAGCUAUCAACAGGGUUUACAAGCUUUCCGGUAACCUGACCAUUUUAGUAGCUCAUAAAACUGGUCCUGAGGAGGACAAUAAAUCCUGCUACCCCCCCCUCAUCGUCCAGCCAUGCAGCGAGAUCCUCACCCUCACCAACAACGUCAACAAGCUGCUCAUCAUUGACUACUCUGAGAACCGGCUGCUGGCUUGUGGCAGCCUCUACCAGGGGGUCUGCAAGCUGCUGCGCCUGGAUGACCUCUUCAUCUUGGUGGAGCCCUCCCACAAGAAGGAGCACUACCUCUCCAGCGUCAACAAGACGGGCACCAUGUAUGGUGUGAUUGUGCGCUCGGAGGGUGAAGAUGGGAAGCUCUUCAUCGGCACGGCGGUGGAUGGGAAGCAGGAUUAUUUCCCCACCCUCUCCAGCCGCAAACUUCCCCGGGACCCCGAGUCGUCGGCAAUGUUGGAUUAUGAGCUCCACAGUGACUUUGUCUCAUCCCUCAUCAAAAUCCCCUCAGAUACCUUGGCCCUUGUUUCGCACUUUGACAUCUUCUACAUCUAUGGUUUUGCCAGUGGCAACUUUGUCUAUUUUCUGACUGUCCAACCCGAGACCCCAGAGGGUGUCUCCAUCAACUCCGCCAGCGACCUCUUUUACACAUCUCGCAUUGUCCGCCUCUGCAAAGACGACCCCAAGUUCCACUCCUAUGUCUCUCUGCCCUUUGGCUGCACCAAGGGAGACAUGGAGUACCGCCUCCUGCAAGCAGCGUACCUCUCCAAGCCAGGGGAUGUGCUGGCCAGGUCCCUCAACAUCACGGCACAGGAGGAUGUCCUCUUUGCCAUUUUCUCCAAGGGCCAGAAGCAGUACCACCAGCCGCCCGACGACUCUGCGCUCUGCGUCUUCCCCAUCCGCACCAUCAACGCUCAGAUCAAGGACCGCCUCCAGUCCUGCUACCAAGGGGAAGGCAAUCUGGAGCUCAACUGGCUGCUGGGGAAGGAUGUCCAGUGCACUAAAGCGCCAGUCCCCAUCGAUGACAACUUCUGUGGGCUCGACAUCAACCAGCCCCUGGGAGGCUCCACGCCCGUGGAUGGAGUCAUGCUCUUCACCUCCAGCCGGGACCGGAUGACUUCUGUUGCUUCCUAUGUCUACAAUGGGUACAGCGUGGUGUUCGUGGGGACUAAGACUGGCAAGCUGAAGAAGAUCCGAGCAGAUGGUCCUCCCCAUGGUGGAAUUCAGUAUGAGAUGGUGACAGUUUUCAAGGACGGGAGCCCGGUCCUUCGAGACAUGGCCUUCUCCAUCGAUCAGAAGUAUCUGUACAUCAUGUCAGAGCGACAGGUGUCCCGGGUGCCUGUGGAGUCCUGUGAGCAGUACACGACCUGUGGGGAAUGCCUGAGCUCCGGAGACCCGCACUGCGGCUGGUGCACGCUCCACCACAUGUGCUCCCCGAGGGAUAGCUGCGAGCGAGCAGACGAGCCGUACCGAUUUGCAGGCAGCAUCAGCCAGUGCAUGACCAUCACCGUGCAGCCCAGCAGCAUCUCUGUCUCCGAGCACAGCCUCCCGCUCAGCCUGCUCGUGAGUGAUGCUCCGGACCUGUCAGCUGGGGUCACCUGCCUCUUUGGAAACCUGACAGAGGUGGAAGGGCAGGUUUCGGGCAGCCGAGUGGUGUGUGUUUCACCAGCAGCAAAAGAUGUUCCUGCCAUACCCGUGGAGCAAGACUGGUUCGGCGUGGUGCUGCAGCUGAAGUCGCGGGAGACCGGGAGGAUGUUUGUCAGCACGGAGUUCAAGUUCUACAACUGCAGUGCCCACCAGCUGUGCCUGUCUUGUGUGAACAGUGAUUUCCGCUGCCACUGGUGCAAAUACCGGAACCUCUGCACCCACGACCCCACCACGUGCUCCUUUCAGGAGGGUCGGAUCAAUGUCUCUGAGGACUGUCCCCAGCUCUUCCCCACAGAGGAGAUCCUGAUCCCAGUGGGAGAGGUGAAACCCAUCACGCUGAAGGCAAGAAACCUGCCCCAGCCCCAGUCUGGCCAGCGUGGGUACGAGUGUGUCCUCAGCAUCCAAGGUGUGAUCCACCGCGUGCCUGCCCUGCGCUUCAACAGCUCCAGUGUCCAGUGCCAGAACAGCUCGUAUCUCUAUGAUGGGAUGGACAUCAGCAACUUAGCAGUGGACUUUGCUGUGGUUUGGAAUGGGAACUUUGUUAUUGACAACCCGGAGAAUCUGAAAGUGCACCUCUACAAGUGCGCAGCCCAGCGCGAGAGCUGCGGGCUCUGCCUCAAAGCCGACCCCAAGUUCGAGUGCGGCUGGUGCAGCGGCGAGGCCAAGUGCACGCUGCGGCCGCACUGCAGCGCGCCCUCCGCACAGCCCUGGCUCGACUGGUCCAGCAGGAACGUCAAGUGCUCCAACCCUCGCAUCACCGAGAUCCUGACGGUCUCGGGCCCCCCAGAAGGAGGGACGAGGGUGACCAUCCGUGGUGUGAACCUGGGCCUGGACUUCUCAGAGAUCGCCCGUGGGGUGCAGGUGGCCGGGGUGCAGUGCACGCCGCUGCCCGAGCACUACAUCGUCGCCGAACAGAUCGUCUGUGAAAUGGGGCAGGCUCUUCCAGGGAUCAGCUCCGGCCCAGUGCUCCUGUGCAUCGGAGAGUGCAAACCGGAGUUCACAGCCAAGUCCACGCAGCAGUACAUGUUUGUGACUCCAGCAGUGAGUUUCCUGAAUCCAAGUCGUGGUCCAGAGUCGGGAGGGACAAUGGUGACCAUCUCCGGGCACUACCUGGGAGCCGGCAGCCGCGUGUCAGUGCUCCUGGGGAACCAGACCUGCGAAUUCUACAGGCGAUCCAUGAACGAGAUCGUCUGCGUGUCAGCUCCAUCAGCCCAUGGCCUGGGGGCUGUUCAUGUCUCUGUCAGCGUGGACCGGGCUCAGCUGGAGAGGACUUUGCUGUUUGAGUACAUUGACGAUCCAAAGGUGCAGCAUAUUGAACCUGAGUGGAGCAUUGCCAGCGGACACACACCUCUGACUGUUACCGGCUCCAACCUGGAUGUGAUCCAGGAGCCAAGGAUCCGCGUCAAGUACAAUGGGAAGGAGUUUGUCAACGUCUGCAAGGUGGUGAACGCUACAGCGCUGUCCUGCCUGGCUCCCCCCCUCACCUCCGAGUAUCGGCCCGGCCUGGAUGCUGUGGAGCGGCCAGAUGAGUUUGGGUUUAUCUUUAACAAUGUGCAGUCCCUCCUGGUCUACAACGACACCAAGUUCAUCUACUACCCCAACCCAACGUUUGAACUGCUGAGCCCAACCGGGGUGCUGGAGCAGAAGCCAGGGUCACCCAUCAUCAUGAAGGGCAGAAACCUGUGCCCACCCGCUCCUGGAGGAGCAAAGCUCAACUACACCGUGCUCAUCGGAGAGACACCCUGUGCUGUCACUGUCUCUGAGACCCAGCUGCUGUGUGAGCCACCCAAUCUCACCGGACAGCACAAAGUGAUGGUGCGUGUUGGUGGUAUCAUCUUCUCCCCUGGCUCGGUGAGCAUCAUCUCAGACAGCCUCCUGACCCUGCCAGCCAUCAUCAGCAUCGCGGCUGGAGGCAGCCUGCUCCUCAUCAUCGUCAUCAUCGUCCUCAUUGCCUACAAGCGCAAGUCCCGAGAGAACGACCUGACACUGAAGAGGCUGCAGAUGCAGAUGGACAACCUGGAGUCCCGAGUGGCCCUGGAGUGCAAGGAAGCUUUUGCAGAGCUGCAGACGGAUAUCAAUGAAUUGACCAGUGACCUGGAUCGCUCUGGGAUCCCAUACCUUGACUACCGGACCUAUGCCAUGAGGGUCCUUUUCCCUGGCAUUGAGGACCAUCCUGUCCUGCGGGAGCUGGAGGUAACGUACAGCCUGUGCUCAGGCCCUUCAAAGUUUGGCACCCGUGGCAUGGUGAUUCUUUGGCGGGACGAGGCCUGGCUCGGGCUGCCCUGCGGCUCUUCCUCGGGCUGCCUGCGGGCCACCUGCGGGCAGAAGGAGGAGGAAGAGGUGUGUGAUGAAUGCGGCUGCAUUUGCACAGCUGCCCCCGCGGUGCCCGCAGGCCCGGCCCUGCACCCAGGCGGCUCCGUAGGGCCCUGUCCCACCGCCGGCCGCCUCCCUCCUGCCCCGGCCCUCACCUGGCGCAUCCUCUGUGCGCUCGGCCUGCCCUCAGCGGGCCGGGAACGGGCGUUCGCCUCUUUACCGACGGGCAUCUCCCACAGCUGUGUCACGUACUGCGAGGCUCUGCGGGACACGUGCCUGUCUCGGUGCCUGUGCUGCUGCCUGCGGCUCGUCAAAGCCAGGGGAAGCUGGUGCCGGUGCCUCCUCGUCCUCUUGUGCCAGGGCAGCGAGAGGUGUGCGGUGCUGCUCUUGCUCAGCAGCUGCGGGCAGGGCGACUUGAGUGUUGCAGGUGGCAUUGCCACCUUGGCCCCGGGCAGGCUUUUGAUUGUAGUCUUCUGUUCCACCUGCCUCUUCUUGGUUUUCUGGGGCACGGCCACAGUUGGCAGCCUGCAGGAGCUGCUCAUGGGUGUCUGUGAGCGAGGCGGUGGCGUGGGUGUCAUUGCCACCACUGGUGGCGGACGAAGCGUCUGCUGCUGCGUUGCGCCGCUGCUGCGGGGCAGCACCGCUCGCCCCAGGGCAGGGCUCAGCCCCGCAGGGGGCUGCCGCCUGCCCCCCAGUCCGGCAGGGGAGAGGGCUGGCCACCCGCAGCCCACGGCCACUGCCCAGAGCACCCCCGGCGUGCCCGGGCAGCCUGACGGGCACGGCACGGGGGGCUCAGCUUGCUCCCUCCUGCUCCUCCCGCCCGCAGCUCCCGUGGGCACCCGUGGCAUGGUGAUUCUUUGGCGGGACGAGGCCUGGCUCGGGCUGCCCUGCGGCCCUUCCUCGGGCUGCCUGCGGGCCACCUGCGGGCAGAAGGAGGAGGAAGAGGCCCGGCCCUGCACCCAGGCGGCUCCGUACGGCCCUGUCCCACCGCCGGCCGCCUCCCUCCUGCCCCGGCCCUCACCUGGCGCAUCCUCUGUGCGCUCGGCCUGCCCUCAGCGGGCCGGGAACGGGCGUUCGCCUCUUUACCGACGGGCAUCUCCCACGUCCUGGGACGCUGAAGUGCCGACUGAGUCGGUGGCUGAGAAGAUGCUGACUAACUGGUUUGCCUUCCUCCUCCACAAGUUUCUCAAGGAGUGUGCUGGGGAACCGCUCUUCAUGCUCUACUGUGCCAUCAAGCAGCAGAUGGAGAAAGGCCCAAUUGAUGCCAUCACAGGAGAAGCUCGUUACUCACUUAGUGAGGACAAGCUGAUCCGGCAGCAAAUUGAGUACAAGACUCUGAUCCUAAACUGUGUGAACCCAGAUAAUGAGAACAGUCCAGAGAUCCCUGUGAAGGUGCUAAACUGUGAUACCAUCACUCAAGUCAAAGAGAAGAUCCUCGAUGCAGUAUACAAAAAUGUCCCAUACUCUCAGAGGCCAAGAGCUGUUGAUAUGGACUUGGAGUGGCGGCAGGGCCGGAUAGCUCGUGUGGUCCUGCAAGAUGAAGACAUCACCACCAAGAUCGAAGGAGAUUGGAAACGCUUGAACACCUUGAUGCAUUAUCAGGUAUCUGACCGCUCUGUUGUGGCUCUCGUUCCCAAGCAGACCUCCUCCUACAAUAUUCCUGCCUCUGCCAGUAUAUCCCGGACAUCUAUUAGCAGAUAUGACUCCACAUUCCGCUACACCGGCAGCCCCGACAGCCUGCGCUCCCGGGCCCCCAUGAUCACCCCCGACCUGGAGAGUGGUGUCAAGGUCUGGCACUUGGUCAAAAACCACGACCACGGAGACCAGAAGGAAGGGGACCGGGGCAGUAAGAUGGUGUCUGAGAUCUACCUGACCAGGCUCUUAGCUACAAAGGGUACGCUGCAGAAGUUUGUGGAUGACUUGUUCGAGACACUGUUCAGCACCGUGCACCGUGGCAGCGCGCUCCCGCUUGCCAUCAAGUACAUGUUCGAUUUCCUGGAUGAGCAGGCAGAUAAGCACGGCAUCCAUGACACAGACGUGAGGCACACGUGGAAGAGCAAUUGCCUGCCUCUGCGAUUCUGGGUGAAUGUCAUCAAAAACCCCCAGUUUGUGUUUGAUAUCCACAAAGGCAGCAUCACAGAUGCCUGCCUCUCUGUUGUGGCUCAGACCUUCAUGGAUUCAUGCUCCACCUCAGAGCACCGCCUGGGCAAGGAUUCCCCUUCCAACAAGCUGCUGUACGCCAAGGACAUCCCCAGCUACAAGAGCUGGGUGGAGAGGUAUUACGCAGACAUCGCCAAGCUCCCUGCCAUCAGUGACCAGGACAUGAAUGCCUACCUCGCCGAGCAGUCGCGCCUGCACUCCGUCGAGUUCAACAUGCUGAGUGCGCUCAACGAGAUCUACUCCUACGUCAGCAAGUACAGUGAGGAGCUCAUUGGGGCUCUGGAGCAGGAUGAACAGGCACGUAGGCAGCGUCUGGCAUACAAAGUAGAGCAACUCAUAGGUGCCAUGUCUAUUGAGAGCUGAAGAAGGGUUGCGGUGCUCAGCUGGCAGCAAAGGGCAGAGGAUUGCACAGACUCUCGGGAAUUCAGAGGGAGAACAAGCAAGGAAGGCACUGGACACGUAUAAAUAUGAGGGCCGUUCUGGAGGGAGCAGAGACAGGCCCAAGGACUGACUGUGUUCCAAAUCAUACAGGAUCCGGUUUGAAAAGGCAGGAAGAGAAAAAAUACAAAGCAUCUCAAUCCAAGUCAAAUCAAGAUGGAUCUUUUUUUCAAGCAUACAUGGAAAGAAGGAACCUGGAAAGUCUGGAUGUCUCCAUGACUGCUGCUUUGCAUGAAAAUUGUUUGAUGUAUAUUAGAAAAUAAAACUUUAUUUAAAGGUUUUUUUUUAAAAAAAAAAGGAAAGAAGAAAAAAAGAGAAAUAGAGCAAAAAUCACAGAGGCCACAGAGAAAAUCCUGGCAAGAAGGAACAAGGUUCAGCUCUGACUCCUGUCCUCGAGAGACUCCUGAGGCCACGGCUCAGGCAUCCUGCGAAUGGACUCUUAUGCCAAUUGGGAAGUCUGGAGAACCAAAAUGUUCUUCUUUUUUGGGAUCUUAUCAAGAAAUAUGAGCACAAGUUUGCACCACACCUUUUUACACGAGUAAAACAGCAGCUGAGCAAGAAAACAGUUCAGUGGCUGAGUAACUUAGAGGCUCUAAGAGGAACUUUACCUGAAUUGCGAAACCAUCAGAUCAUCCAAUCUGUCUUGAAAUCCAGCUUUAUGUAUUUAUAUAGUGUCAAUAUAUAUAUAUUUUUUAAA